CAAAUCACGGGCGGGAGAAGGCGAAGGCAGACGUGAAGCUAACGACGUAAGAGCGUUUGGGGAUUUUUAAAUUAGAACAAGAGUUUUAAAUCGACGUUUAAUCGUUAACUUAUUUAUGAAUGAACCGAGUAAAACUUAAGGGUAAAUUUGCCAGUUAAGGUCGAAGCGAAGGCAGCAAAAACAUUGACGACUGAACUCACGGCGGAGAGACGGGAAGUGAUUCAACAGCUUAAUGACGACGAUGAUGCCGAAGGGGCAGAAGCGCAAACUAUCAAUAGAGGAGGAGUCUUCCGACUAUAGAGCUCCCACCUGGGAGAGCCAGCAGCAGUUUCUGCUCACAGUUUCCCUCAACAAGUAUCAGUUCUCCCAGCAGCUACGUGAGCCCAGCCUGCGACGGUCCGUUCUGAUAGCCAACACCCUGCGCCACAUCAGCCUGCACAUGUCUAUGGUGCCAUCAGUCAACGUGGAGGUGUCACAACCUCCAGGUAUUGCUUCAUCUGCACUGACAGCAAGUAUUGCCGCUGCAGCAAAACGUCAUUGUGCUGUAACGGUUGACAGCUGCUCAGCUCUGGCCACCUGCCCCAUGGUUUCCUUAAAUUACUCACCAAAUUCUACUGAAAAGACAAACUACUCGAGUGAAUCAAAUUUCCAUAUCAGUGUAGAGGAUGAUGAGGACUGGGGAUCGAUGUCCACUGAUACUGAUUCAUCUCUUUCAGCUGUCAUUUCCUCUAUUCUUGCCGCACUGGACUCUACUAUAGACGGGAAUCCUCAGCCAGCUCCACGGAUACCCCUCAGGCCCUUGGAGAACAUGUCCAAGCCCUAUGAGGGAAGCGUGGCCUUGGUAAAUCACGGACUCAGAGAUCCCGGUGACUGCAGGGAGCAGCAGGAAGACGGCAGCAUGGAGGUAAUGAGGUCCAGUUACCUUGGGGAUUUCACUGUGGAGGACUUGUUCCAGGAUAUAGACACAUCCCUGGUGGACAUAGACAUGGGAGUGAUUGGGCACAGAAGCACUGAAGGUGGACACACAGCUGGGGAUGACCUGUUUAUGUACCUACCACCUUUCUCCCCCCACUCCCCUUUCUCACCACACUCUAUAACACCCACCUCCCAAAAUGCCCAGCCCGCUCUGAUUGGCCAGUUGGCAUGAUGAAUAAAAGGCAACACUUAUUAUGUAUAGUGACUGUUGUAAGCCCCCUAAGAGCUGUCGACCGUCUUUAAAACAGUAUCUUUGGGCACAGUUAACUGUGGAGCGACUACUUGUUUAAAAAAAAAAACAUUUUGUCAAAUGUUGUGGCCGUCAUUUAAGAAUUUUGAUGUUGUUAUUUUUGUGUAUGAAUUUUUAAAUUCACCUAUCUUUUACACAAAACUACAGCGCUCCCAAAGUCCUGUAAAGGUUCUUUCCUUCUUUUUUUUU